UGUACAGUGUUCACCUGUCGAGUAGUUCAUUAUCCUGUAACUACUUCAGUAUAUAGAUGGUUUAGUUCUUUAGGUUUGUGUAACAUUGUGACUGAGAGUAAAUUGAUGAAAAAAACCCAGUAUCUUGCAAAUGGCCAAAUGUUGUAAAUAGCGCGAACAAGGUGUUCUAGACUAUGUACCGGGGUUUCGGGUUUAGCUUGUUCAGCUUCGAUCAAGUGAGCUUUUCUGAUCCCUAUUAUCCGUCGUCCGUUUGUCCGUCCGUCUGUCCGUUCGUCUGUAAACUUACGACAUUUUGUACUUGUUCUCUAUAACCACUGAGUUAGGUAACAAUCAUUAUGUAUAUAUAUAUAAUCAUAUAGACCCAAGCGCCUGUGAAAAAAUUCCAAAUCCGUCGUUAGCAUUAUAUCGGAAUUUGAAAGUGUACAUUUAUCGUUUUGACCCUUUACUUACAAUUUUAGAGUUUCCGAUGGUAAGAAAACUAGCAGACUACCCCCCCAAAAAAAUGAUUUCGAUAUCGAAAACUAAAGUCAUCGGUGUGAUAUGUAUCUUAUGUAUGGUACUGGUUGUAAUGAUUGCUAUAUCAGAAAGCGAAUCUAUGUCCCUUAAUGAGCAUAGCUCGGAUGAUGAAAUUGAGGACGAGAUUGUCGAGAGAUUUGAAAGAGCUGCCGGUAAGAAUGACCACAAACAUCACAAAAAACAUCACCAUAAGCAUGACAAGAAUAAGAAAAAUCACCACAAACCAAAGAAUGGCACUGUGUCUGACAAUUCAAAUAAGACAGAGUCCAUGCACGCAAACAAGAAGGCUGAAGCGAAGAUGAAGUCGCAAAAGCCAGUCAAGCACGCCCAUGUACAUGUGAAGCGCACAAAGGUGGCGGAUGAGGGGUCCAACACGGGGGUGAUCGUCGCUGUCGUUCUCGUCCUCAUCACAGUUCUCGGGGUCGGCGCGGCGGUGUUUAUUGUAAAAAAGAGAAGAGCUCAAGGAAAAUAAAUCCUAACUCAGCAUCCAGUGGUCUUUUCUGAUGUUAUUUUUUUCACGGUUGUGUUAACUCUAUGGAAUAA